CCUCGUUUCCACCGCCAAAUCACACGGCUCUGCUUGCCAGACCUUGCUGUGCAAGCUGGAGGUUGAGCGGGUUCUCCUUCUCAAGUGGGGUGAGGCUGUUGGUAUUUUUAAUUCUCAAGGUUCCGACCGCGACGAACGUAACGAAACAUAUAAUAAACGACUCGGUGAUACCCUUAUUCGUGGUGCAGUAUUCAGCAUCCUAAAUUGUUUGAAAGCGACACUCGAAGACACCAAUAACCUGGCCGCAAAGUACGGUCUACAGCCACUUCAAUCGGAAGACGAGGGGUUCGACUCCUCGCCACAGCAAUCAGCAUUUCCGGUAACCCACGAAAAGCUGCGGCGACUAUUGAAAUCGGCAAAACAACAAGCAUCGUUCCCAAGGAAGACUUGCUGGGUGGUUCAGGAUAAGGCGAAGUUCGAAUUAUUGAUUGUAGAGAUAAGGGGAUUCAACGAGAGCCUGGGAAGACUGCUUCCGGAGGUAUUAAUGAUCCAACAGGAGAGUGCAAAGGCAGAGGUGGGGGAGAGCAGUGAUGUUGCCGCCUUAAAGACACUUGAGGAGGCCUCGAAGGGGGCUCACGAUGAGUUAAGCUAUGCCGCGGGUCAAAGGUUAUGCAGCCUUAGCGAUGCGGGGAGUCCUGAUGGUAUCGACGAUAGUUUGAGGCGAGAAUCGCCUCCGCACGCCUGCGAUGUGACCGGAUCUGCUAUCGGAUUUGAUUGUGUUGAACCUCAGACAACAGCUGCCCCUGAGAUUGAGAGGUCUAACCUUCUCGACACGAUAACGGAAGAGGGUCCAGAGACCUCCGAAGACCCUACCGCUAGCAUUACUUGGCGGUGCCGAUGCGAGCUUGAGAUAUCCCCACAGAACGGUCCUCAUGUCUGCAUUCUCAAACCAUUACAAAGCCCGCCCGAAGGCUGCUCCGAAACGAUUUUGGGCCGCAUACGCUCAUGCGAAGAUUUUAUAGCUACCGCAAAUUUUAUCCGAUCAUACCACCCACCCACCCCCUCUUCUUCUUCAUCUCCCACAGGUGCCUCUUUCCUCAAGGCCAUUUCCUCCCCUGCACCACCCUCACAAUCUUCAACAGUUCUUCUCCCCGCCCUUAAAUGGUCACGAUUCCAUCCAUACCCAAGUCCUAGCCGCCGAAAUCCACCGACAGAGCCACGGCGAAUGACAUCUUCGGACACUGGCCGAGUGGCUCCACCAAGUAGCACCUCCCAUACAUCCUCACCACCGUUAUACCAACGUCGAUACCGGCGGCCGCUUUCACGCCUGGGUUCUCGCUCCCCACCGGGGUUCUCCAACGCUACAGGAGGUGCUGCGGACUACAAUACUGGCCUUGCGGUAGCCAAAUCCCCCAUGACCGCGUUGCAGGAUCAGAGUAUGGGUCUCGCAGGUGUAAAGUCUCCAAUGCAGGCUUUGAUCGAUCAAGAAAGGGUUCUGGCAGGUGUGAAGUCGCCGAUGCAGGCAAUCACUAAUAUGGGGAAUCUUGCUGCAUCGGCGGAUGGGGUCCGUGGCGGCCCGGCAGGAUACGGCAUGGCCUUUGGCGCGGGUCCAGCAGACGAUGGCGCAGGCCCUGCAGGAAAUUAAAAACGAGGUUUGCACCCCGAAUUUAUCUAGAGCGAACCUAGCUAAUCGUGGAAAUAGAUGUGUUUUCUAGCUACGUAAGGAAUAGAGAAAAAGGUUGCUGGAGAGGGCGUCUAGUGGUUCAGGAUAGACGAAGGAUAUA